AUGUCGAAAAAGGCGCCGGUGAUCGGUGACAGCGGAAUUCCGGCGUACUGCCUCAAAAAAAUCGGUUCCCGGCACAUUCUGGUGGCUGGCGGCGGUGGAGCGUCGAAAACUGGAGUUCAGAACGAAAUUCAGGUUGGUUUUCAUUCGAUUCACUGGAAAUGUAUUGAUUUUUCGAAGAAAUCGAAAAGUUUUAGGGUUUUUCGCUAAAAGUUGAAGUCUUAGCAGAACAAAUUGCAGACACACCUGAUAACCAGCGAUUCGAACAAUUCGGACGUCGGAUUACGCGCAGAAUGUGUUGAUAAAGUAGAAAACAGUUUGUUUCGCGAAACAAUUUCAACUUUUCCAGUUUGACACCGACACAAUGGCCACAAUGAACAUGGAUGUUGCGUGUGUCAUUGACGAGGCGUCGGCCAGAUAUGUAAUUGCGGCCGGACAAGAACACGUGGGUUUCGCAUCAAUUCUAAAGUGAAAAAUUGCGGAAAAAUGAGUUUAAGAAUUGCAGUUUUGCGUUCUGUACACGACACGUGGCUUCAAGCUGAACGAGCUGGAAAACAAUCAAUUGGCGUUCGAAAUUCAAAAAGUCAGUCGAAUUCGCACCGAUUUGAACCCGAAUAAUCCGUAUCAGGUAUUCCAUUAAGCUUUUUCUCAAUUUCAAACACUCCUCACAGAAAUGCGUUCGUUUCGAUCGAAAUUCUCGCGGGAAAAUGUUCGCAACCGGCGGAUCGGACGGACAUAUUCGGAUAUGGGAUGCGCAGGCGGUUUUCCGCGCCGAAGUGAGCGCAAAUAAUUCGCUCCGCUGGUGACCGAGUGGCUAAAACGAUUUUUAGAACGAAAAUGUGCAGCCACUGGUGACAAUUCAAGCGCACAAAGCCGAUGUGGACGAUUUGGAUUUUUCCAGCGAUUCCAAAACCAUUAUGUACGCCGCGCGGUUUUUCAAUUCAAAUCAUGCGCUUUUUUUUGUCUCUUUCAGUUCUGUCGGAGGCGAAGGAGCGUUUAUUUGGAGCGCACAGACCGGAGAACGUCUUCUGGAUUUACAGUUUCCACUGGAAAUCGCCAGGGGAUUCAAGGUGCUUGAAACGAAGUUGUUAGACGAAUAAUUCAAAUGAUUGCAGAUGCGCUCCGUUCGUUGUACUCCACUCGGCAACGCGAACAACAACACCGUCUUCGUGGCGGCGUACAAUUCGAUUUCGCGCGGAUCCAAAGAUCAGGCCUCUUUUCUGUCACUCUGGGCAUUCAACUCGGAGCGCAAAGUGGCGAGGCCCAUUGUGACCAAAGUUAUGGCCAAAGGACAGGUAACUGAAUUUAACAAAAACCGUUGCUCGUCCCAAAUCCCACAUUUCACUUGCAGAGCAUCUCGUCGCUGACCGUCUCCGAAUGCGGCAACUUCACGGGCGUCGGCACCAUGUCGGGAGGCGUCGCCGUGUUUGACACCCACGAAAUCCGCCGCCUCUACUACGCGCCCGACUCGCACGGACUCUUCGUGACGGGCAUCGAAUUUGUGUCGCGCACGGCGCCGUCGAUUUCAGAAGGCGUCGCCGAGUCGCCCGGAAUCUCCUCGGGAUUCCAGACGGGAGUUGUGACCCUGGCGGCGGAUAAAACGAUGCAAUUGCACCGAGUUCCGUUUCCGCGGCCACAACCGUUUUCCGAAUUUCUCCUCAUUGUUUCUAUCGUCUCUCUGAUAUUUGUAUGGAUUUCGACGCUUGUUUUGGUGGCCUAA